AUGUCGACCGUCCCCGUACCCCAGGACCUACUGGACGGGAUAUCAGGCGCCCUCGCCAGAGGGGGUGACAUGCGACAGAUGAUUCUUCUAGCCUUUAUCGGUUUAUCAUUCUACAACGUCGCCGAACUAGUCAUCCUAGUACCAGGAACAUUCCGACGCUGGCGUGGACUGUACUUCUGGUCGCUUCUGAUCUCCGGCUGCCUUGGCGUAGUGCCAUACUCGCUAGGCUUUCUGCUGAAAUUCUUCACACGGGCGGAUUCCGUGCUUUCCGUGACUAUACUCAGCAUCGGCUGGUGGACGAUGGUAACAGGACAAUCAGUUGUUCUGUAUUCGCGGCUCCACCUUGUGCUGCGUGAUGAGCGCAUUCUCCGCCGUGUGUUUCGCCUGAUUGUCACCAAUGUCUUUUUGCUGCAUGUCCCGACGACGAUUUUGACAUUCGGGGCAAACAUCGCUCACAGUGGUGAAGUGGCCUGGGUGCGCGGGUACAAUGUCAUGGAAAAGAUACAGCUGACUGGAUUCACGAUCCAGGAGAGCAUCCUGUCAACGCUUUAUGUUAUUGAGACGGUGAAACUACUUCGACUGGGGGCAGACGUCUCUGUUCGGCCCGACACGCGAAGCAUCAUGUAUCAACUGAUUGGGAUAAACUGUGCGAUUAUGGGGAUGGAUUUGCUGUUGUUAAGUCUUGAGUAUUCGGACUUCUACGCUGUGCAGAUCACGUUGAAGGGCUUCAUAUACUCGCUGAAGUUGAAGCUUGAGUUUGCGGUUUUGGGACGGUUGGUUGAUCUCAUACAGGGGUCCAGACACCCUAUAUCCAUUGCCAUCGCCGAUACACUUCCGCUUUGCUCUAUGUCAAGGCCGCCUGAAACGCCGGACCAGAGCGAGGAUCCUUGCGAGGAGGCCGAGCCCAAGGAUUUCUUGGCCGAGGAGCGAGGCCGCAUUGUCCAAAGGAGAAUGUUUUCUGAGUCUGAGAGGACAAAUGUAUGA